AUGGCCUUCCUCUCUGCAUUCGCUCUCUCCAUCGGAGCGCUUGUUAUUCCAGUCCAGGGAGGCGUGACAUACCCAAACUGCGCAAACGGACCGCUCAAGUCAAAUGUUGUACUGACCGGCCCCGCUAGUAAUUCCCCUGGCGUCUCACGACUCGGACUCAGCGCCUACCAGUGGUGGAACGAAGCGCUCCAUGGGGUAGCCCACAACCGCGGCAUCACCUGGGGCGGCCAGUUCAGUGCGGCGACACAGUUCCCACAGGCCAUCACCUCUUCGGCAGCUUUUGACGACCAUCUUAUUGAGCGGAUCGGUGUCAUAAUCAGCACCGAAGCUCGCGCCUUCGCAAACAACGGGCGUGCCCACCUCGACUUCUGGACCCCCAACGUCAACCCUUUCCGUGACCCGCGUUGGGGACGGGGACAUGAAACGCCCGGAGAAGAUGCCUUUAGAAACAAGAAGUGGGCUGAAGCCUUUGUUCAGGGCAUGCAAGGGACCGAGUCGACACACAGGGUCAUAGCCACCUGCAAGCAUUACGCAGCAUACGACCUCGAGAACUCGGGGAGCACAACGCGUUUCAACUUCGACGCAAAGGUCUCUACCCAGGACCUGGCCGAGUAUUAUUUGCCUCCCUUCCAGCAAUGCGCGCGGGAUUCCAAGGUGGGAUCCAUCAUGUGCAGUUACAACGCGGUCAACGGCGUACCCGCUUGCGCGAGCCCCUACUUGAUGGACACGAUUCUCCGGAAACACUGGAACUGGACCGAUCAAAACCAGUACGUCGUGAGCGAUUGUGAUGCCGUCUAUUAUCUCGGCAAUGCGAACGGCGGCCACCGGUACAAGUCAAGUUACGCAGCUGCUAUCGGGGCCUCCUUGGAGGCUGGCUGUGACAACAUGUGCUGGGCCACCGGCGGCACGACGCCAGAUCCCGCAUCGGCUUUCAACUCCCGCCAGUUUACCCAAGCCACAUUGGACAAGGCUAUGCUCCGCCAAAUGCAGGGUCUUGUCAAAGCGGGAUACUUUGACGGACCCAACAGCCUGUACCGCAACUUGACUGCGGCAGAUGUCAACACGCAGGUUGCCCGAGACACAGCACUCAAGGCAGCAGAAGAAGGUAUCGUGCUGCUCAAAAACGACAACAUUCUCCCUUUGACGCUCGGCGGCUCCAAUACCCAGGUUGCCAUGAUCGGCUUUUGGGCCAACGCGGCCGACAAGAUGCUCGGGGGUUACAGCGGCAGUCCUCCGUUUAGCCACGACCCUGUCACCGCGGCAAGGUCAAUGGGUAUCACGGUCAACUAUGUCAACGGGCCCCUGACGCAGACCAACGCAGACACCUCGGCCGCCGUCAACGCCGCCCAAAAGUCUAGCGUGGUGAUCUUUUUCGGGGGCAUCGACAACACAGUCGAGAAGGAGAGCCAGGAUCGCACGUCGAUUGCGUGGCCGUCGGGACAGCUCACCAUGAUUCAGAGGCUUGCUCAGACCGGAAAGCCCGUGAUUGUUGUGAGAAUGGGAACACAUGUCGACGACACGCCACUUUUGAGCAUCCCCAACGUGAAGGCUAUCCUGUGGGCUGGAUACCCCGGGCAGGACGGCGGGACCGCGGUUAUGAACCUCAUUACCGGCCUAGCGAGCCCGGCAGGAAGGCUGCCCGUCACGGUAUACCCGUCGUCAUACACCAACCAAGCACCGUACACCAACAUGGCACUGAGGCCGUCGUCAUCCUAUCCGGGGCGCACUUACCGGUGGUACAAGGAUCCCGUGUUUCCGUUUGGACAUGGUCUGCACUACACAAAUUUCAGCGUUGCGCCGCUGGACUUCCCGGCAACCUUUUCCAUCGCGGAUCUCCUCGCGUCAUGCAAAGGCGUCACAUACCUUGAGCUUUGUCCAUUCCCGUCCGUCUCGGUCAGCGUGACCAACACCGGCUCCCGGGCGUCCGACUAUGUGGUCUUGGGAUUCUUGGCCGGAGACUUUGGACCAACGCCCCGUCCAAUCAAGUCACUGGCAACGUAUAAGCGUGUGUUCGACGUACAGCCUGGAAAGACACAAUCGGCGGAGCUCGACUGGAAAUUGGAGAGUCUGGCGCGGGUGGACGGCAAGGGGAAUAGGGUGCUAUAUCCGGGAACAUACACCUUGCUUCUGGACCAACCCACACUCGCAAACAUCACCUUUACCUUGACGGGAGAUGAGACGGUGUUGGAUCAGUGGCCGCAGCCGUAA